AUGAGGUCGUUCCCAGCGCGGCAGAACCCAUUUGCGCCCACCCUGGUGGCAGAUGACCCAAAGGCGCUGCUGGCCAAGGCGCAGUACUGCAUCUUCACCCUCGCCUACGACCCCGCGCAGCAGCUUUAUGCCGUCUACUCCGCCACGACAAACGAGGUGGCCGUCAUGCAAGAGGAACUCCUAUGGAAGGCCGCCAUGUGGGUCGACGAGCGCAUCGGUGACGACUACAUCGCUGGGCUCUUGUUUGGCAACGACGCUUCCACCGACGUGAAAUCCGCCGCGACGCUGCUGAGCAACAAGGCGAUGAAAAGGCUGGUGCUAGCGCCGGACACAUGGGGCAUCACGUUCCUCGCCUUCAAAGCACAGCAGGACGUCGUGAAGGGCGUGGACAUGCCUCUCGGUCUCGAGCACGCUGCAUUUCUGCUGACGCAGCGGCAGUUCAACGGCACCACCGUUGAUCCGCAGGUUUACGAUGUGGGGGCCGGCGCGUACAUGCCAAGCGACGUGCUGAAGUCGAACGGAGCAGCGCGCAGUGCCGUCAUGGGCUGGGAUGUGCUUCUCCACGUGCAUCGCCGCUUUGGCACCCCCGGCAGUCGCAAGGCGCUGAAUCCGGUGGAGCAGAUUGUGCGGCGGGUUGUCAAGGCCGUGAACGUCUUCGUGGUGGACAUCAAUGUGCGGGUCGGCAAGGGCACCAUCACGGAGGGGCACACGAUGAUUGUCACCAUAUUCGACUCACAGCGGCGCUCUCAGUCGGUGCACAUGAUCCGCAGCUUAGCAGAGGAAACGGCAAAGCUAAACGCACUCACCACGCUCCUGUACGGUGAGGGCAGCUCAUCCAUUUCGCUGUUUGUGCCGACGGCCCGCACCAAGUCGUCGCAGCUUGUGGCGUUUGCGAGGACAUGCCGCCCGAAGAGCCCGUUCUUCGUGGCGGAGGUUUCGAGCCUGGCGCCGUACUUUGGCGGGCACAACGUUGCGAAGGGGGUCAGUGAAGAGGAGGACCCGCGGGCGACGUGGAACCUCAUCCGGCAAAACUGCUUCCCAGAGAAUCACCUGCGUAAGGACGAGGAGAAGAUGGAUCGCUACCUUCAUCGCGGCUUCACCGCGCUGGCUAACAAGCUCUUCUCGGAGCGGCUGCACAAAGUCUCGCCAGUCAUCAUGAGCGCUGUGAACAGCAUCCCUGCUCAGGAAGAGUCUGCGACCGCCUUCAAGCGCCUGGAGGAGAUGGCGGCGGAGGCGAAGAAGAACCCGGUUCCACAAAUCACAACGGCCAGCUUCCUCAACAAGGUCAACAUCAACGACGCGGAAGUCGUCUUUGGGCUACAGCAGUGGCGUCGAAAAAUCUACGACGAUCAAGGCCGUCUGGAGCGGGAGAAGAAAGCGUUGGGUGGUCUACGCCGUUACCUCAUCGUGGAUUUGGAGACGACCACGAUACGGCGCUACAAGCGCAUCGCCAACCCGUUCACCAAGGAGAACUACGUCGUCUUGUCCGGCGCUCGCGACUACAAGGGGAACGUGUUCAUGCCCAGGCGCUACUUUGACCGCAGCAUUGCCAUGCGCUACGACGACCCGUCCGUGACAAGUCAAAACCACCUUGUCGAGAAGUCCUCCAAGGACUCGCUCUUUCUGCCGCCGCUGGACGAGUACGACGUCAUUGUAGGCCACAACAUCAAGUUCGAUAUGCUGCACAUUUGGCGUGACGUCGAGUUUCGCAAGUUCCUGCGCCGCGGCGGCAAGAUAUGGGAUACCAUGUAUGGCGAGUACCUCUUGACCGGACACGAGGUGAAGCUCGGGCACGGGGCGGGCCUGGAGGAUGUGGCGAAGAGCUACGGCGGCCAAACGAUGAAGCUGGAUGCCGUGAAGCGGGCGUGGGCGGAGGGAAAGGAGACGUACGAGAUUCCAUACAGCAUCCUCACCGAGUACCUCCACGGCGACCUCGAGAACACCGAGCUCAUCUUCUGCAAGCACAUGGAGCGAGCCCUCGAGCAGCGGCAGGUCAUCAUCUGCUGUGCGCGGAUGGAGGGGCUGCUGUGUACGACGGAGAUGGAGUACAACGGGCUCAAGACGAAUGUCGACCUAGCGCAGCGACAGAGCAACGAACUGAUGACAAAGGUGUCGGAGCUGCGCCGACAGCUAGAGGAGUCUAUCCCGCACGAGAUCCCGCACGACUGUCGCAAGUUCUUUAACUGGUCCUCCAAUCAGCACCUCAUCACGCUCUUCUUUGGCGGCAAGCUCACGCUGAGCACGAACGCGCGGGAGAGCAAGCCGCUCACGGGCGAACUAUUCGCCCGCCACACCUUGUUCCUCCGCCCCGAGCACUUUCCGCCGUCGGCGUACCCAAAUGGUGUCUUUCUGCGGCCGCCGGUCCACGUCCUCGGCAUUGGCGACUGCGCGAUCAUGGCAGGUAUGCCAUCUGAGAAGGGCACGCGCCUCUUCCGCGGUUACCUGGAGGCUUACAUGCGGCAGGCAGGCUUCCGCAAGAGUUCAUCGAUUUUGGAGAGUUUGCGGCGAGAUGCGACGACGGUGUCGCGGUCGAAUGCCGACAAGCGUGGCGAGACGUCGGCCCUGGCUAACCUGUUGCCACGGCGCCAUCUCUUCCUCUUCGCUGCGCUGACACCGAGCGGCACCGAGGGCAUUGCCAAGCUUUUCGUCAAAAACCCGAUCAGCGGCGAAUCUGUGACCAUCACGGAGGGCGAAAAGGCGGAGCAACUGGAGCGGUUUGUGAUCGUGCAGGUGGCAAAGUACACGGAGAUGAUCAUGCCCAUCGAUGACGACGCCUCGGUGAAGGACGCGGCAUUCGCGGCCGCGCAUGUCACGAUUCUAGCGCGCGACGGCGGCUUCUCUUUUAUGCACCACAUCCGCAGCGAUGCGGGGCUGACUCGGUACAUGGAAGCGCACGCGGGCUACCUUGACGCGGCGGACCCUAAGUUGCGCUACAACAUCUCUAUUGCCGACACGGUCGCCAUCUUAGCCUACUACAAGCACCAGUACGCGAGCGACCUGCACGCGACGCUAGGUGGCUCGAGGCGGAGAGGCAGCAGCGGCGGCGGUGUCGCCGCGGACUCGCUUGGGCCGGUCAUCCCGCCAAAGGCGCUGCCGAAGGUGGGGAAGCGCAACAAGAUGGGUAUCGCCGAGGCCUUCAAGAAGGCACUGCUGCAGGAGUCCCUGAUGAAGCCGGAGGAGUGGUGCAACUACUACAUCGAUAUCUUUCUCCACAUCGCCAACGCGGCCCUGCAGCAUGAGGCGCUCUCGACUGAGUCGCCCAAACUGCGCAAGGGAAAGAAAGAUGCAGCGCGCGCGGACGACGACCUGCCGGUGCUGCUUCGGCAGCGGCGCGCUUUUGUCGGUUACUACAACUCGCUGCCCGAUGCCGAGCGAAAGCGGCUGGCGCUCAUGUGUCUGGUGGGCAAGACGACCUCCUCGGUGUACGACUGCUUCGCCAUCCCGUGCGCCCACGAUGACAUCGUCAAGGUGAACAUCAAGGGCCGGCUGGCGCAGUACAUUCCAAAUGAACUGGAGGCGGAGCAGGUGAUGCGCCGCUUCCGCAGCUCGACGACGCGCCAGUUGCAGGUCGGCGAAGACACCCUUAGUUACUUCAAGUCUAAUCACAAUGACAGCGCCGCCAGUGUUAUUCUUGAGCUGCGCGCGCUCGAGAAGCUGAUUGGUACCUACUACGAGAGCACCGACGGCGGCACUGGAAUGGUGUCGCUUGUGCACUCGACGGACAGCUGCAUCCACCACGAGCUGAUCCACAACAAGACGAACACCGGACGCCUGGCGAGUGCGAACCCGAACUGCCAGAACAUUCCAAAGGAGGACAAGUCGAGCUUGCGCGAUAUGUUCAUCAGCCGCUUCGGUGACAAGGGCAUGUGCAUCGAGGCGGACUAUUCACAGCUGGAGGUCGUGGCGCUCGCUGUGCUCGCAUCCGACGAGCAGAUGCUUGAAGACUUGCGGAACAACGUGGACUUCCACUGCAAGCGUGUGACGAUGAUGCGGCCAGAUCUCAAGUACACAGAUGUGCUGCAGCGUGCGAAAAAGAUCAAGGAGCCGGAGUUUGUGAAGCUGCGGCAGCAGGCGAAGAUAUUCUCCUUCCAGCGGCAGUACGGUGCCGGCGUGCGGAUGCUGAGUCAAAGCACUGGGCUCACCCAAGACCAGGUUCGCAUGCUUAUCGAGAAGGAGAACGAGACGUACCGCGGCGUUGAGGUGUUCAACAAGAUGGUGACCUUAUCGGCGAACAGCUACGACGCAUCGCUGCAGAACGGCGUGCGCAACGUUCGCGGCCACCAGUUCUUCAAGGGCAUGUUCCCCGUGUUGACGGGGAGCCGCUACGUCUUCACGGAGUCGGACGUCCCUGAGGGAAUGCUGCGCGAGCGGGACGCGGUGCGCAAGUCGACGAACUUCUCUCCCACCCAUCUCAAGAACUACCCCGUGCAGGGCUUCGCUGGCGAGAUCGUGCAGGUGAUGCUCGGGGUGCUGUGGAGGCACUUCCUCGCCAACAAUAAUUACAACGGCCUUGCAGUGCUCACGAACACGGUGCACGACUGCGUGUGGGUGGACUGCCACGUCUCCGUGUACCGGCAGGUGGCAAAGGAUGUGGAGCUCAUCAUGGACGGAGCGCGGACCGUGCUCAACGCCUUGUACCCCGAGAUGCAGGUGACGGUGGAUUUCCCGUGCGAUGUGGUGGCUGGAGAGAGCAUGGGGGCGCUGCGGCCCAUCAUGGAGGAAACAACGCUCUAG